AUGAAUUAUAAAAAACAGAAAAAACGGGCACAUCAUGCCGCCGUUUCAUUAGCAUUGCCUAACAAUCACAAAAGAAGCGCUCGACUAGAUUAUUUGGAUGAGUACAGUUGUAAACCUCCACCAUGUUUCCUUUUAACAAUUUCCAUUCUACAGAUUGUGGUUUUCAUAAUAGAGUUGACGUAUCUAAACACAGAGGGGAAAACAGUCGAUCAUGAAGGUCCAGUAUAUAUACAGAGUAUAUUUAUCUUCAAUCCUAACAAGAAGAAGGAAUUAUGGAGAUAUUUUACUUAUAUGUUUGUUCACAGUGGAUACUUUCAUAUCAUAUUUAAUAUCUUAAUUCAGUUGAUUUUGGGAAUUCCUUUGGAGAUGGUUCAUAGAUGGUGGAGGGUUUUAUUUAUUUAUAUCUCAGGAGUUCUUUUUGGGUCAUUAGUAGUGUCUCUCGUGGAUCCGUCUGUAUACCUGGCUGGGGCGAGCGGAGGAGUUUAUAGUUUAAUAACAGCACACCUAGCAAAUGUGAUCACAAACUGGAAUGAAAUGGAGUACCCGUGCAUACGUCUCACCAUCUUUUUAAUUGUAGCAGGAACUGAUAUAGCAGUGGCAAUAAUUAAUAGACAUAUUGGGAGUGGAAUACACAACAAAGUGAGUUAUGGGGCCCAUCUUGCAGGAGCUUUUGUUGGACUUUUCCUUGGCGUUGUAACACUAAGGAAUUUCCGUGUAAUAAGUUGGGAGAUUAAAGUUUGGUGGGUUUGUUUUAUGAUCUACGUAAUCUCCUUCACAAUUCUCAUAAUCUGGAACCUUGUCAAUAUUUAUUCAUAGAUCAACCUCGUGUUCAGAAAACAGCUGUUAUCAACCUCGCGUUUAGAAAACAGCUGAUAUCAACCUCGUGUUCAGAAAACAGCUGCUAUUAACCUCGUGUUCAGAAAACAGCUGAUGUCAUCUUCGUGUUCAGAAAAUAGCUGCUAUAAAACCUUGUGCUCAGAAAACAGCUGUGCAAUCUCGUGCUCAGAAACAGCUGAUAUCAACCAUGUUCAGAAAACAGUGAUAUCAACCUCGUGUUCAGAAAACAGCUGAUAUCAACCUCGCGUUCAGAAAAUAACUGAUAUCAACCUCGCGUUCAGAAAACAGCUGAUAUCAACCUCGUGUUCAGAAAAGAGCUGAUAUCAACCUCGUGCUCAGAAAACAGCUGAUAUAAACCGUGUGUUCAGAAAACAGCUGAUAUUAACCAUAUGUUCAGAAAACAGCAGAUAUCAACCUUAUGUUUAGAAUAAGUAGAUAUUAACCACGUGUUCAGAUAUCUGCAAAUUUCUCGAUAAAAAAUAGAAUUGUUAUCAUUAAUUAAUCUUCUUGGCCGGGAUGUCCAAAAAAAUAUUGUAAUUACACUUCAGGCGAGCUUUAAAAAUUCGUUUUGAGAUUUUUUUUUACAUUUUUUUGUAAAGAGCAUUUAAUUUUAAAAUGAGACGACAAUUAGCUUUGAUUUAAACGAAGAAUAUGUGAUAGAUGUAAUACUGCUUUGUUCAAUGUUUAUUAAUUAACAGAUUUAUGAUUUUGCACUUAACGAUUAAAGAGUAAAAAGAACGAAUUAAUUUCAAAGAAAUGAAAAUUGAACAUUCGUAAUUUGAAUAUAUUUUUGGCAUAAAUAUAUAAAAUAAUUAACGAUAAAAGGGCCGAGUGCUGCGGCUUGGAUGUGCUAAGGGACCAAGCGCUGUGGCUAGAAAAGGCUAGGGGCCGAGUGCUGCGGCUUUGACAGACUUGGGAAGUUGCCGCUUCAUUUGGUAACGGCCUUUCAAAAAGUACCUCCAAAUGUCGCCUUCAUAGUCCAUUGUUUUCUGGUAAUUACUGUAGUCUGUAUGUAUUCUAAUAAUUGUAGAUGAAUCAUAUUCAUAUAAUUAGCUUCUGAAUAUUAUUAAUAAGCGUUUGUUAUGACUCUUGCAAAGAUAAUUAAUACGGUUUUCGGAUAUUUUACUUUUUAGUUAUUAUCAUGAUUUCUUAUAGAUAUGCAAGAAUAUAGAUCGCUUAUGUCGUCUUCACAAUCCGCAGUGCUUAAGCUUAAGAAAAUGGCAAUUUAGCUAUGGUACUAGCAACUGACAAACAGUACAUUUAAAGGUUUGCGGCAAGUAUCUUUGUACUCUGUAUACAAAUUUAUGGGGAAUGUUUACAAAUUUUGCAGACGGACUAGUUAAAAGUUUCGAAUUUCUAAGGAUUAGAACGAAGAUUAAAUGCAGCUUGCUACCGAUAUGCGAGUGAUAAUGAUGACAAUCAGACUCCCCUUACACACAAAGAACACAUUAAAGUUGGAAGACCUUUCAAACUAUUAAAUCUCUUGGGAUGAUGGUGAUACUUUGGCGAAUUCUUGUAUAUCUAUGAUGAUUUCCGAUAAAGCAAAUUUGAUCAUUUUGUAAGACGACUUUUACUACAAUCCCAA